GGCUGCGGAAGUGCGCGCGCGCCAACUGGGGCGCGUCUUUCCCUCCGCGGACAGUAGCGGCAGGCGCAGCAGCCGGAGCGCAAAGCAGAGCCGGGCAGGGCGCAAUCUUCUCCAUUUCACCGAGACACCCCGCUCGCACCGGCCGUGCACCCAGCCCGACGCCAUGCCCAACUUCGCCGGCACCUGGAAGAUGCGGAGCAGUGAGAAUUUCGAUGAGCUUCUCAAGGCGCUAGGUGUGAACGCCAUGCUGAGGAAGGUGGCCGUGGCCGCAGCCUCCAAGCCACACGUGGAGAUCCGCCAGGACGGGGACCAGUUCUACAUCAAGACCGCCACCACCGUCCGCACCACCGAGAUCAACUUCAAGGUCGGGGAGGGCUUUGAUGAGGAGACGGUGGAUGGACGCAAGUGCCGGAGUUUGCCCACUUGGGAGAAUGAAAAUAAAAUCUACUGCACGCAGACUCUGGUGGAGGGCAGUGGCCCGAAGACUUAUUGGACCCGGGAGUUGGCCAAUGACGAGCUGAUUUUGACCUUUGGUGCCGAUGACAUCGUGUGCACAAGAAUUUAUGUCAGGGAGUAAAAAGAUGGUCUGCUCUGGUCCUGGGAUGGGGAGGGGGGAGGGGAAUAGAAUGAAGGCAUGUGAACCCAUACUAUGUGAGGGGCUAACUCCUUAGGGGACCCAGGACCACCCCUUCCUGAAGCAGCCUUGAAUGUGAAACCGACUCCAGAUGAGAAGCCCCACCAGCUCAUGUUAGGUGUAUCCCUUGGUUUUGUUUCCUGUACCGAAAGCAGUCGUGUAAUCCUAAAACUUCACUCUUCUCAUGUAUUUGCCAUUUUGUAUCUUGGAAUUUGUAUGGUUUGAUUACUCAUUAAACUCAUUGGGCACAUA